AUGGUUAUGGCUAAUUUUACCAUGAGUGGGUUUCUUCUCAUGGGAUUUUCUGCCAAUCCUAAACUAGAAAUCUUUUAUGCAACUUUGUUCUUAGUCUUAUACUUGUUAGCUUUAACUGGCAACAUCCUCAUCAUCACCACCACUUCCAUGGAUGAGAGUCUCAACUCCCCCAUGUACUUCUUUCUGAAGCAUCUCUCCUUUCUGGAUCUCUGCUAUAUAUCUGUGACAGUACCGAGAUUCAUUUACAACUCUUUCAUGCAUAGUGGUAAUAUUUCCCUCUGGGAAUGCAUAGUACAAUGCUUUGCCUUUGUUUCCUUUGCUCUCGCUGAGCUGGCCAUGCUCACGAUGAUGUCCUAUGACCGCUACGUGGCCAUCUGCCUUCCACUGAGCUAUGAAAUCAUCAUGAAUGUCAGAACCUGUGUCCAUGGAGUCAUCGCUGUCUGGAUCAGUGGGGCCAUCUCUGGAGUCAUGCACACAGCAGCAACUUUCUCCAUCCACUUCUGUGGCCCCCGGAUCAUCCACCAGUUCUUCUGUGACAUCCCCCAGAUCCUGAAACUCUCCUGCUCCAAUGAGUAUAUCAGUGAUGUUGCUGUCACCAUCUUCCUGUCUUUUCUGUCAUUUGGCUGUGUCAUCUUUAUUGGAUUCUCCUACAUGCACAUAUUUUCUUCUGUACUGAGGAUGCCAUCUGCGGAGGGGAGAGCCAAGGCCUUUUCCACCUGCCUCCCUCACCUGGCUGUGGUUUUAUUAUUUAUUUCUACUAGUGCCUUUGAAUUUUUGAAACCUCAUUCUGACACUCCAACUGUUUUGGACAUUUUGCUCACUAUUAUGUAUACAGUAGUUCCCCCAACAUUCAAUCCACUCAUCUACAGCCUGAGAAAUAAAGCCAUCAAGUCAGCUCUUGGUAAUGUCCUUAAAAGAAGAAUUGAAUGCCUCUUUUGUUGA